AUGACAAACGACGUAGCCGACCUUCUUUUAAAACAAGCAUUUCAAAACACUAAAAGUGCCGGAGUUUGGGCCGAUCUUGGAUGUGGCAAAGGUUUCUUCACCGAAGCUCUGGCUAGACAACUUGCUCCGCCAGAUGUCAUAAUUAUUGGCGCAGGACUCUCGGGACUUGUAGCAGCAAAUGAACUUGCGGAAAAUGGAAAACGUGUGAUUCUUAUCGAUCAAGAAGGUGAACAGAAUUUAGGAGGACAAGCUUUUUGGUCGUUCGGCGGAUUAUUUUUUAUUGAUUCGCCACUGCAAAGAAGAAUGGGCAUCAAAGAUAGUCUUGAGCUGGCAAGCAACGACUGGUUUGGCACCGCAGGCUUCGACAGGCCUGAAGAUCACUGGCCUAAAAAAUGGGCUGAAGCAUAUUUACAUUUUGCAGCGACUGAAAAAUAUUCCUGGCUCAAAGAAAAAGGUCUGAAGUUUUUUCCCGUUGUAGGUUGGGCAGAACGCGGCGGGUAUGGUGCUAUCGGGACGGCAACUCUGUUCCGCGUUUUCAUGUCACCUGGGGAACUGGUCCGGGAGUGA